GUUUUGGAGUUGAUUCAUUAGAAGUUGAUUCAUCUUGAUUUUUUUGCCAAUUUGAAUUUUGUAUCUCUUGGUCGAACGAAUUCUUUCCACUUUCGUUUACCUACUUAACUUUUGCGUUUCUUCGGAGACAUUUUCUUUACCAAAACUGUUGACAUUUACUUCUCACUGACAAUGAAGUCCACAUCAUCGGUACUCAGCAUUGCUCUCGGCAUACUUUUUCUAUCCGUUGUUGCCAAGCCGACAGACAAAAAUCAGGCGCGGAAAGAUAGAAUCUUGGAAGAAAAGCUUAGUGACAAAGAUCACUACGAUGGCGAUUUACACAAUCCCGAUUAUGACCACGAAGCAUUUCUUGGACAAGAUGGGGCCAGUGAGUUUGAUGAACUGAGUCCAGAAGAAAGCAAAACUCGUCUAGGACAAAUCUAUGAUAAGAUUGAUAAAGAUAAUGAUGGCUUUGUUACUGAUGAGGAACUCAAAGAUUGGAUCAAAUACACACAGAAUAGAUACAUUAUGGAAGAUGUAGAUCGUCAGUGGAACGUACACGACACUGAUAAAAAUGGUCAUUUAACAUGGGAUGAGUUCAAGAACACUACUUAUGGCUAUUUGGCUGAUGAUGAUUUUGAUGAUAUCGAAGGAUUUGACUAUAAAGAUAUGAUAAGGAGAGAUGAGAGAAGAUGGCAGAGAGCUGACACAGAUGGAGAUGGUAAACUGUCAAAAGAAGAGUUUGCUCAUUUUCUGCAUCCAGAGGAAGGCGAACAUAUGAGAGAUAUUGUAGUUGAGGAAACUAUGGAAGAUAUUGACAAAGAUGGUGAUGGUAUGAUAUCAUUAGAAGAAUACAUAGGAGAUAUGUAUCCGUCUGAUGACGAUGAAGAUGAGCCUGAUUGGGUGAAAAUAGAACGUGAGCAAUUUACUCGAUUCCGUGACAAGGAUAAGGAUGGUAAAAUGAACAAAAGAGAAGUGAAAGACUGGAUAAUGCCAGAAGAUUAUGAUCAUGCAGAAGCUGAGUCCAAACAUUUAGUGUACGAGUCUGAUGUUGACAAGGAUGGUAAACUCUCAAAGAAAGAAGUUCUUGAUAAACAUGAUUUAUUUGUUGGCAGCCAAGCUACUGACUUUGGGGAAGCCCUUAUCCGGCAUGAUGAGUUUUAACGUAAACCACCCCCACCCUCCCUCUCAAUCCCUGUGUUCCACUGCAGGAAUGUGUAAUGUCAAUUAUUGUUCAAAAUGGUGCUAUUUUGUCUAAUUUCGAAUACAACAAAACUUUUAAUCUUGCAUUAGAAGUCAACUUUUUAACGGCUUAGAUUUUGUUUGUGUGAUAUAUUGACAGAAGAACUCUUUAUUCUGUCUAAUUCAUUGAGAACUUUCUGAUGUAAUAUCAUUUAUGGUUCUUGUUUUACAAAUCGUCUAACUUUCAUUGUUUUUUCGGCAAAAUUUCAAUUUUAAGUACCUUGACCAAAAUUCAAAUCAAUGGCGUCCAUGAGUUAUACAGAUCAAAACUUGAAAUGAACGAUGUUAGGUCAUCACUACAAUAAAUCAACACAACUAAACUAGAUAGUAUGUAAUGUACAAAGUUCACUUGGAUGUAGUGAAAACCUGAGUGAAUUAGUCAUUCUAUGAAUUUAAAAGGGAGGAACCUAAUGGCUAUACAGAAAACAACUUUGACCAUAGUCAAUGAAAAAUUCUUCACAUUAAAUUGAUUUUGUAAUAUCUUCCAUCUUCAGUCGUUGAACAGGAAAUCCAGCAUGCAAUUUGUUGACUGAAUGACUCCCUAAUACAUGUAUGCUGAAAAAAAUCAAUGAAUUUAUGGUAAUGUGCUGUAAUUAUUGAAUAUUGGCAAGAGACUUCUGACGCUAUCGUAACUUCUCCAUAUGUGAUGCAUAAUACUUCAUAUGCCAAGCAUUGAAAUAAAAUAUUGCCGACAAUACAACAUUAAUGCAUUUGUUCAUUUCAAUUUAGUAUUAGCAUGUUUAUGUUUUCAAAAUUUUUAUAAUGUUUUAGAUGUAUCUGUACUUAUUCAGUUUUAGGCCUAGGCGUUGUUGAAGAUUUAUAUUUUCUAUGUUGUCUUUCAUCAGUCUUUAUAAAUGGUAUUGAUAAUUUCA